AUGACAGAGCCCUAUAUGAGAGUCUGGGGGGAAAGUGAGAAAGAGGGAGGAAAUGAGAGGGAAUGGGAAGCACGAGCAGAUAAAAUGUCUUUUGAACGUGCAAUAUUCAUAACGGUAAUAGCACUGACCUUUAUAACCUCGUGUGACCCAAUCAAGCCCACUCAGAGGCCGAAGUUCCAGUACACCAAGAAACCCCCCCGAGAGGUGAUCCAAACUACUGUAUAUGUAGGCAAGCCUACGGUCACAGCACGGAUUGUGGACUACACCAAAACAAGAGAGCGCUUCCCUGCACAUGUCACAAAGAGCACUACAGUUCCUGCUGACAGCUAUAUAGACUACCCUACAGACACCACCGCAUCUCCCACCACGGCCAAAGACAACUACACGCUAGACUACAGUGUGAGUGUGAGACCGAUGGGAGUGGAAAGUUCUGCAGGCCCACCUGGAGAAAAGGGAGCACCUGGACCCAAAGGUACGCCGGGCCAAAUAGGGCCAAAGGGCUCUAUGGGAUCUAAAGGAGAUAAAGGAGAGAAAGGUGAUCAAGGAAACACAGGAUUCACUGGAUCUCCAGGCAUCCAGGGAAAGGCUGGAAUGAAAGGUGAGAUGGGUAUUAAAGGUGAGAAGGGUGCAGCUGGAUUGCCAGGAUUCAAAGGUUCGAAAGGAGAAAAAGGAGAUCCAAAUUUGAAUGUGUCAAGGGGUGACCAGGGAGAGCCAGGCAAAGAUGGACCACCAGGACCCCAAGGCAUGACUGGUGACAAGGGUGAAAAGGGUGAUAGAGGAGAGUGCGGUUUACUUGGAGAGAGGGGCCAGAAAGGUGAGCCAGGUGAUCCUGGACCUCCAGGUGUGCGUGGAGACCCUGGUCCAUCUGGACAACACGGCAUGCACGGGACUCCGGGAAUCACCGGAGAACGCGGGGAACCAGGAGUUCCUGGAGCUAAGGGUGAACCAGGAGCACGUGGACCACCAGGAGUCAAAGGUAUACGAGGUCUGAGGGGAAUGAAGGGUGACCGUGGGCCCCAAGGGAAACGUGGAGACCGAGGCCUACGGGGACUGAAGGGCUCUAUGGGUCAAAAUGGAUCGAGACUACGGUCUGCUUUCAGCGUUGGUCUAUAUCCAAGCAAGUCUUUCCCUCCAUCAGGAUUUCCAGUUCGCUUUGACAAGGUUUUCUACAAUGGAGAAAACCAUUACGACAUAGUCACGAGCAAGUUCAACUGCACCUACUCAGGAGUUUAUGUGUUCUCCUACCAGAUCACGGUGAGAAACAAGCCCCUGCGUGCUUCACUGGUGGUGAAUGGAGUGCGUAAGGUGCGUUCGAGAGACACCCUACAGGGUCAAGACAUUGACCAGGCAUCCAAUCUAGUGAUCCUGAAGCUGGAUGUGGGAGACCAGGUGUGGGUAGAGACGCUGAGAGACUGGAACGGUGUCUACUCCAGCAGCGAGGAUGACAGCACCUUCUCUGGGUUCUUGCUCUAUCCUGACUAACUCCUUCUUCAUGACUAGAUCUCGAACUGAACUUUACAUGAUAUGGACAUGAGAGAAAUUUAUGACCAAUUACAGUAGAUGUAGCAUUUU